CUCUCAUUCCAAUUGUUUCUUCGAUAUACUAUAUACCCUUGUCUUUGUUUCACUUUAUUCGUCCAUUCCUGUCAUCUCUAGCUCAUCAUCAUCAACUCAUCGUUUUUCCAACCUCGAUUUCUUCAUGGAGAGUGUAGAAUUAAAGGUGGAGAUGGUGGGCAUACACGAGAAAAGACUCAGGAAAUGCUUGUCAAAAUUGAAAGGGAUAGAGAAGGUGGAAGUUGAUGCAAAUAGUCAGAAGGUGGUGGUGACAGGAUAUGCACAUAGGAACAAAAUUCUUAAAGCAAUAAGGAGAGGUGGUCUGAAAGCUGACUUCUGGUCUGCCCAGAAUGAGCUCCUUACCGCUUAUGCCAGUGCCAGUACUUACGGAAGCUUGAGAUUCAGCAACAACAACUUCUUCUAGAAGCUUUUGUUUUCCUUUACUCUUUGUGGGAUCAUAUACCAAGGUUGUGUCUGUGUCUUCAUAUUUCCAUAUUUUAUACAUUUUUUUUUUUUUUUGUAUUCUCUUCCCCUUUUUCUUUUACAAAAGAACUGUCUCAUGUUCAAUGACGA